AUGGCUCCUUCAGCAGUUCCGAUGGAUGGCCAUAGCUAUAUUCAACCACCAAAUCCUACUCCAGGUACUGCUUCGGCAACCUACACGAAUGGUAUCCUAUCAUCAAGCUCUACUCCAACCACCAGCUCGUCAACAUACACGAAGGAUACCCCGUCGACUAGUCGUUCUCACUCAAUAGAUGGACUUCACUCAAACAUGCCCAUUGCCAUUGUCGGUAUGUCUUGUCGGCUACCUGGAAAUGUAUCCACGCCGGAGGAAUUUUGGGAACUUUGCUCUCGGGCCCGUAGUGGUUGGUCUGAAAUUCCCAAAGAUCGUUUCAAUCAUGCGGCAUUUAGCCAUCCCAAUCCAGACCAGCUUGGCUGCUAUAAUCCACAAGGCGGUCAUUUUCUGGAAGAAGAUCUUGGCUUAUUUGAUGCACCAUUCUUUAACCUGACAGAGAAAGAAGCCAUAGCUCUGGAUCCUCAACAACGACUUCUUCUUGAGUGCACAUACGAAGCUCUUGAAAAUGGUGGAUUCCCAAAACAAACCCUAGCGGGAAAGGACGUCGGAGUGUUUGUUGGGGGCUCAUUCGCUGAUUACGAGUUGAACAAUGUCAGAGACACAGAUACUGCACCAAUGUAUCAAGCCACUGGUUGCGCAGCCUCCUUGCUCGCUAAUCGACUAUCUUACUACUUUGACUUUACGGGGCCAAGUGCGACAGUGGAUACUGCUUGUUCUUCAUCUUUAUCCGCAUUACAUUUGGCAUGUCAAAGCUUACGUUCUGGAGAAUCAAGCCAUGCGAUUGUGGGAUCAUGUCAUUUGAAUGUUCUGCCAGAUUACUUCAUUACAAUGUCCAUGUCUGGAUUGUUUUCGAACGAGGGUCGAUCAUUCUCAUUCGAUGAACGUGGCAGUGGAUUUGGUCGUGGUGAAGGUGCUGGAUGUGUGGUUCUAAAGCCUCUUGAUCAAGCAAUCAAAGAUAAUGACUCCAUCAGAGCUUUGAUUGUAGGAUCAGGGAUGAAUCAAGAUGGUAGAACAAAAGGAAUUACUAUGCCAAGUGGCGAUGCCCAGAAGUCAUUGAUAAAGUCGGUUUACGAAAGAGCUGGCUUGGAUCCAUCCGAAACCGGUUUCAUCGAAGCCCAUGGGACAGGAACUAAAAUCGGUGACCCAAUCGAAGCUUCUGCUCUCUAUGAUUGUUUCGGCAAAGGUCGAACAUCUCGACAACCUCUCUACGUGGGCUCCGUCAAAUCCAACAUCGGCCAUCUGGAGGGCGCAAGUGGCAUUGUGUCGGUCAUAAAAUCAGCAAUGAUGUUAGAGAAAGGGUUCAUCUUACCGAAUCACGAUUUUAAAACACCAAAUCCUAAAAUUCCAUUCACAGAAUGGAAUAUGAAGGUACCCACCACUCAGCGACCGUGGCCUCGUGGUAAGCGUUAUGUGAGCGUCAAUAACUUUGGAUUUGGUGGCACCAACGCUCAUACCGUUCUUGAGCGGGCUCCACAUAUCCCCAAAACUUCACCAUAUAGCCAAUCACAGAAUCAGUUGCCAGAUCGAAAGAUGCUUUACGCAAUCUCUGCGAAUGACAAAGCCUCUCUUGCAAACCAAAUGCAAAAUUUAACCGUGUAUCUGGAGCAACGUCCUGAAGUGUUCCAAAACUCGCUAUUAAAGAAUCUAGCGUACACUCUUGGACAAAGACGUUCAGUCCUAUCAUGGAAACUGGCUAUUCCAGCCAGAUCAUCAUCGGAGCUCAUUCCAACCCUUGUAGCAUCUACCAUAGCUCCUUCGCGAGCAGUAAACGAGCCUCGAAUUGGGUUCAUAUUCACAGGGCAAGGAGCACAAUGGCAUGCUAUGGGUAAAGAAUUGAUGGAUGCAUAUCCUAUCUUUUCUUCCACUAUGCGGAAGAUUGAUCAAUGCCUAGCUAAGCUCGGUGCAACUUUUUCAUUAAUUGAGGAGUUGUCAAAAGAUGCCACAGCUUCCAGAGUAUCUGAGCCGCAGAUUAGUCAACCUUCCUGUACAGCUAUUCAAAUUGCUCUCACAGAUCUUUUGUUAUCAUGGGGCAUUCGACCUACCGCUGUUACUGGUCACAGUAGCGGUGAGAUCGCAAGUGCAUAUGCUGCAGGUAUCAUGUCACUCGAAUCAUGCGUAUCGAUUGCUUAUCACCGCGGCCAAUCGGUUUUGGUUCUAAAAGAUAAAUAUCCUGACCUAGAUGGAACAAUGUUAGCUAUUGGUGGAAGUCCCGAGGACAUUCAACCCAUGACCAAGCUACUGCGAGCAGGGCGAGCUGGAAUAGCCUGCAUCAAUAGCCCAGCUAGUGUCACAGCUUCAGGUGAUAGGGUUGCGAUUGAGGAACUGCAAGAGUUGGUCGAAGAGAAGCGAAUAUUCAAUAGGAAGCUUCGAGUUGAUGUCGCGUAUCACUCGCAUCAUAUGUAUUUGGUUGCUGAGGACUAUCGCGAGUCAAUCACGAAUGUCGCACCAAAAACUACUUCCACAGCUGUUUUCCAUUCAUCAUUAUUUGGACGCCCUGCUGAAGCGUCGGAGUUGACACCUGCAUAUUGGGUGGACAAUCUUACUUGUCCGGUCCGAUUUUCCGAGGCUAUUCAGAGUAUGCUCAAGCCAAUUGAAAAGGGAAGCACGAUCCCAGGACUUGAUUCCUUGAUUGAAAUAGGUCCACACUCGGCAUUGGAAGGACCCUUGAAACAAACCCUUAAAUUCAUUGGGGGAACUGCUCUCAAAACCUCUUACGCCGCGACAUUAAUUAGAAACAAAAACGCCGUUGAUACUACUCUUGACUUAGCAGCAUCAAUGUUCAUGAAAGGCGUCAAUCUCGAUUUUGAAGCGAUAAAUUUCCCGGUUGCCCCAGAGAGAGCCCCUAUAGUUCUCACCGACUUGCCUCGCUAUUCAUGGAACCAUAGCACCAGAUACUGGCACAAGUCACGAAUUAGCGAGAAACAUUGUAAUGGCGAAUUUCCUCGCAAUGAUAUUGUGGGCACACUUGCCAACUAUUCAAACGAUCUCGAACCAACUUGGAGGAACAUUAUUCGCGCCGAUGAUAUGCCAUGGCUUCGAGAUCAUAAAAUGCAAUCGAUUACUGUUUAUCCCAUGUCGGGAUAUAUAACCAUGGCUUUAGAAGCAGCAUCUCAACGCGCGACACUAAGAGAUAUCGCAUUUGACAAAUUUGAACUUCGAGAAAUUACUGUGAGCAGGCCUCUGGUAAUCUCAGAAGGAUCUAUCAUUGAAACCAACAUCACAUUUCGAUCUCAUGCCGAAGGGACGAGAGUAUCGUCUGAUCUUUGGGAUGAGUUCCGUAUAUUUUCGUGGACAACGGAUCGAGGCUGGACUGAACAUUGUCGUGGCUUGAUCUCCGUGGUCAAGAGCGAAGGAAGCAACGUUGUUAACAGUGAGAGUUUGAGAGAGAUUACAAAGAAUGCCUUAAAGGCUCGCAUGAACGUGGUUGCAGUUGAGUCCACGGUACCUGUCGAGUCUACGGCAAUGUAUGAAAAUCUCUCAAACAUUGGAGCUGGGUAUGGUCCGAUGUUCCAAGGUCUCGAAAAGUGCUCCGGUAGUGGCAGUCACGCAACGGCUGACUUGGUCAUUCCAAAUACUGCUUCAGUAAUGCCAAUGGAAUAUGAGUCAGAUUUCAUCAUUCAUCCUGCUACCCUUGAUAUGUUUAUUCAGAUCGUCUGGCCUAUACUCGGAGCUGGAAGAACCGAUUUAGAUGUCCUUUAUAUGCCAUCGUUUUUGAAGAAGAUGUCCAUCUCGACGGGGAUUACCCGAAAAUCUGGUGAUCGUCUUCGGAUUUAUGGUAGCGGUGCUCCAACUCCAGCUAAUCCAUCGCCCACUAAACUUUCAUUAUUCGCGACAUCAAUUGAUGGCAAAGCAGAAUCGUUAAUAAGUAUGGAGGAUCUUGUCAUGACACCAAUGCUUGGAGGUGCUGAAAGUGCUGAUGCUAUUCCCAUAAGAGAUCUUUGCUACAAGAUGGAGUGGGAGUCGGUGUGCUCGGAGACAAACGUCCCGACCGAUGAUCGCUUAUCGGAGGUUCCUUUUCCAGAUUUAGACAUUGCCAUAAUUUGCAAUGAGUUUACCCAAGUGAGCUUGGUAUCAAAUCUGAAGAAGCAACUCAUUGAGUUCACCGGAAAGAUGCCGUCGGUCGGUUCCUUAGGCGACAUAGAUACAACGGGCAAGAUUUCCCUGUUUCUCUUGGAGCUCGAGCAACCUUUCCUUGCAAACCUCGAUGCUUUAGAUUUCUCAAUUCUUCAAAAGACAAUCAUGUCAUCUAAAGGUAUCAUAUGGCCGGUGCGCAGCGCGUACACUGAAUCACAAUCUCCAAAUUCAAACAUGAUUAUCGGCAUGGCUAGAAGCAUUCGUUCAGAGACAUUGCUAAAAUUUGUUACUUUGGAUAUUUCACCAGAAUCAGCUAAUGAAAGUGCUGCGAAAUCGACAUUUGAAGUUUUGAAACUCGCAUUCCAUUCGAAUCUACCUGACAUGGAAUACCAAGAGAGAGAUGGAAAACUCAUGGUUCCAAGGGUAGUCAAUGAUACCACGAUGAACGAUUUCGUUCAUCAGAAGACGAAUAAAUCUUCAGCACCAAUCCUUCAACCUUUCAAUCAACUAGAUAGACCUUUGAAGAUGGCUAUUCGAACGCCUGGUGCACUCGACUCGCUGUAUUUCCUCGAUGAUACUGCUGCUGGAAACUCAAUACCCGAGAACGAAGUCGAAAUUGAAGUUAAAGCUACAAGUAUGAACUUCAAGGACAUCAUGAUCGCGUCCGGUCAGUUGCAGAGCAAAUGCAUUGGUGUGGAGUGUAGUGGUAUUAUUAGCAGGAUAGGAAGUAAAGUUACGCAUCUUGCUGUGGGUGAUCGAGUCGCUGCUAUGUCUGAAGGAGCAUACUCAACAUACACAAGAUGUCUCGGUACCAGCGCACAGAAAGUCCCUCAUGCGAUGACAUUUGAGGAUGCAGCCACCAUUCCAGUCAUUUACUGUACCGCAUAUUAUUCACUCUUUGAUCUCGCAAGACUUGAAAAAGGAGAAAAGGUUCUCAUUCAUGCAGCCGCUGGCGGCGUCGGACAAGCAGCAAUCCUACUCGCUCAAAUCAUUGGUGCCGAGAUCUUCGCAACAGUAGGUAGUGUUGCGAAGAAAGAAUAUUUGAUGAAGGAAUACAAUCUACCAGAGGACCACAUCUUCUACAGUCGAGAUACAUCAUUCGCACAGGCCAUAAAAUAUGCCACGAAUGGAGAAGGAGUCGACGUAAUUCUCAAUUCACUAGCCGGAAAUGCAUUACGUGAAACUUGGAGCUGUCUAGCUCAUUUUGGACGCUUCAUCGAGAUUGGAAAACGAGACAUCACCAGUAAUUCGAGAUUGGAAAUGUCGAUUUUCGAACAUAAUGCUAUGUUUGCUUCGGUGGAUCUUACGGUUGUGGCUGCUGAACGGCCGAAGAUUAUGAAAAGACUUCUAGCUGAUGUCUUUGAUCUAAUGGCUAAGAAGUCAAUUCGACCUGUGUCGCCCAUUACAAUUUUCUCGAUCUCGGAUGUGGAGUCAGCGUUUAGAACAUUGCAGGCUGGAAAGACUAUGGGGAAGAUUGUUGUUGUGUCGGGGGAGAAUGAUCAAGUUAUGGCUAUACCAUCCAAAAUCUUGAAAAACAUCUUACAGCCAGACGCUACAUAUAUAAUCAUCGGUGGCACAGGUGGCGUCGGUAUAAGUAUGUGCAAUUGGAUGAUCACUCGAGGUGCACGACACAUUGUCCUUCUCUCCCGAAGCGGAAAAACGUCCGACAAAAUUAGCUCCUUGAUCGACGAAGCAAAAUGUUCAGAUGCAGAAGUCAUCGUUCGCCCAUGCGAUGUAUCGAGCCGGGAAAAAGUAGAUAAUCUCAUCAAUGUCUCUCUAUUUAAUAUGCCACCCAUCCGGGGUAUAAUACAUGCUGCAAUGGUUUUAGACGAUGUCCUCUUUGAAACCAUGACACCCAUUCAAUGGACCGCGGUAAUAUCGGCUAAAGUCCACGGCGCAUGGAACUUUCACCACGCUCUAUCUCCUUCCACCCAUUCCCUCGAUUUCUUCACCGUCCUCUCAUCUAUCGCCGGCACAGUCGGGAAUCGCGGCCAGGCUGCUUACGCUGCUGCAAAUACAUUCCUAAAUGCCUUCAUUCAAUAUCGUCUCGCCCUCGGUCUCCCAGGUUCAUCUAUCGAUCUUACUGCUGUCACCGACAUUGGUUAUCUAGCUGAAAAUGCAGAGAAACACGCACAAGUUGCUGAGAAUCUUGGGGGUGGGGGUAUUAGUGAAAAAGAAGUAUUGGCAUUAUUAGAAGCUAGCAUAGUGGGAAAGAUGAACAGGAAUGGAAGUUGCGGCGGGCACUGCAUAACCGGACUUGAACUAACACCCACCCAAAACAUCGACAACAAUUUCUGGAUCCACGACGCAAAAUUUUCGCGUCUCCUCUCUGCCUUCCAAUCCUCCUCUUCCUCCACAGGAACAUCCUCCCAAGCCGCGUCUCACAAAAACAUCCCUCUCCUAACUCUCCUCCACCACUCUCCCUCUUUCCUUGCUGCUAAAAAGGUGCUGGCGGAUGCACUUAUGGAUAAAAUCUCGAGCGUGCUGAUGAUUCCGAGAGAGGAGAUGGAGGAGGGGAAGAGCGUCACGGGGUAUGGAUUGGAUAGUUUGGUCGCGAUUGAGAUAAGGAAUUGGAUUACGAGGGAGUGUGGUGUGGGGUUGCAGGUUCUGGAGUUGUUGACGAGUGGGUGUUUGGGGGGGUUGGCGGAGUUGGUUUUGAGGAGGUGUAAGGUGGGGAUGUGGGGUGAGGAGGAGGGGUGA